AUGAAAGGUAACGGAAAGCCCAAAUCCGUUCACACUGUCUUUUUCUUUACCUUCUUAGCCAUUUCCAUAUCCAUCUCCUCGUCCUCUGCAUUGCAGUACCAGUCUUUAGUCCUCAAUUCUCUCCCUAAACCCCAGUCUCUUUCUUGGGACAACGAGAAAACCGGCACCGGAUCCGACUCGGAAUCUGCAACGGAGCCUUAUUCGAACAGUCUGUCAGUAGAUUUGCACCAUGUGGACAAUCUUUCACCUUCUGCUUUGAAUUCAACCCCAGAAUAUCUCUUCAAGAUCCGCCUCCAACGUGACGCUGUUAGAGUCAAAGCUCUGACGACAAUCGCCGCCAUCGCUGUUGGUAAUGUUUCUAGGGGUAAAGGGGACUUCAGCAGCUCGGUAGUUUCGGGGCUCACGCAGGGAAGCGGCGAGUAUUUCACUCGUCUGGGGAUAGGGACUCCAGCCAAGUUUGCUUACAUGGUGCUGGAUACCGGAAGCGACAUCGUGUGGCUCCAGUGCUCCCCGUGCAAGAAGUGCUAUUCCCAGUCAGACCCGGUUUUUGACCCUACAAAAUCAUCCUCCUAUCUUGGAGUCUCGUGUGACUCUCCCCUCUGCCGGCGGCUCGACUCCCCAGGCUGCAACAACCGCCAGAGAUGCCUCUACCAAGUCUCCUAUGGCGACGGUUCCUUCACCGUCGGUGACUUCUCCACCGAAACACUUACUUUUGGCCGAAACCGAGUUAAAAAUAUAGCCAUAGGAUGUGGCCAUGAUAACGAGGGCUUAUUCAUCGGAGCUGCCGGUUUAUUGGGUCUAGGACGAGGAAAAUUGUCUUUUCCGGGUCAGGCCGGUCGCCGUUUCGGGAACAAAUUCUCUUACUGCUUAGUAGACCGGUCUGCUUCGUCUAGACCGUCGUCAAUUGUUUUCGGAAAAUCAGCGGCGCCGACAAAAAAUGCCGUUUUUACCCCUCUUUUAACCAAUCCAAAGCUCGACACGUUUUAUUACGUGGGGCUUAAUGGAAUUUCAGUUGGUGGGACUCGAGUAGCUGGACUUACUCCGUCACUGUUUAAGUUGGACCCUUACGGUAACGGAGGGGUGAUUGUGGACUCCGGCACGUCCGUGACCCGGUUAAAUCGACCCGCUUAUAUUGCACUGAGAGAUGCUUUCCGUGCCGGAACUUCGAAUUUCAAACGGGCUCAGGAUUACUCCCUAUUCGAUACGUGUUUCGAUCUCUCAGGUAAGACUGAAGUGAAGGUUCCGACGGUGGUGCUGCAUUUUACAAAUGCUGAUGUGUCAUUACCGGCGUCUAAUUACUUGAUUCCGGUGGAUACUGAAGGAAGAUUUUGCUUCGCAUUUGCUGGUACAAGAAGCGGAAUGACGAUUAUUGGAAAUAUCCAGCAGCAGAGCUUCCGGGUGGUGUUCGACCUGGCAAAUUCACUGGUCGGGUUUGCUCCCCGUGGAUGUGCUUGA